AUGAGGGCACUUCUAGAGAAAGAGGAAAUGCAGUGGGAAAAGCUCGCUGACUCUGAGCUUGGUGGUUUAUGGUGCUUGGAAGGAUCUCUAGAGACAUGGUCUUGGAGUCUAAAUGUGCCGGUUUUAAGUAGUCUUUCAGAAAGUGAUGAGAUGAACAAAGUAUCACGUUUGAAGAAAAAGAUAGCCUGUACCGAAGGCUCCAGAGAAUACAGAAAGAUCUUGGACACAGCUAGGUUUACUGAGGAAAAGAUAAAACGGUUGAAGGCUCGUUCAAAUCAUUUGAUCAAUAGAACGGAGAAAAUUGAACCAUCUGGUUGGAAGGAGUUUCUUCAAAUCAGCAAUGUCAUUCAUGAAACAAGGGCAUUAGACAUCAAUACACAUGCAAUAUUCCCUCUUGGCGAAACAGCAGUCGCGAUUCGUGGAGAAAAUGACCUGUGGUUGGCAAUGGUACAUCGAAACAAGAUCUUGCUAGACUUAAAGCCUGCGCAGCUCGCUGCUGUGUGUGCGAGUUUACUUUCCAAGGGGAUCAAGGUACGCGCAUGGAAAAACAAUUAUUACAUAUAUGAAGCUUCCUUUACUGUCCUAAUUGUCAUUAGUUUAUUAGAUGAACAAAGAAACUCCUUUCUGCAACUUCAAGAGAAACAUGAGGUAGAGAUACCUUGUUUGGAUAGCCAGUUUUCAGGAAUGGUUGAAGCCUGGGCUUCCGGGCUAUCUUGGAGGGAAUUGACGAUGGAUUGUGCCAUGGAUGAGGAUGAUUUAGCCUGA